AUGUUCGUGGCGCCGCUGCGCAUACACAGAAACAGCAGCGACAACCUGCCCGGCGCGUUAUAUAACGAACCCAGUCCGACAGCGACCUUGGCCUCGGACACCAUCGACGACUCGGCCUCCAGCCAUGCAAGGUUCCACAACUAUCUCCGCGCUCUCUAUACCUUCCAGCCCUCGCCGCACUCGUCGACCACCGUCACCCUGCCUCUCAACGCCGGAGAUCUCAUUUUGGUCCAUUCGGUGCAUGUCAACGGCUGGGCGGAUGGGACGCUGCUGGAGACGGGUGCCCGUGGUUGGCUGCCCACCAACUACUGCGAAUCAUACGAUCAUGCCGCCAUGCGACCUCUCCUGAAAGCCCUGACGGAAUUCUGGGACAUUGUCAGGUGUGGGAGUGAUUCUAACCUGAACCUGUUCCGCAAUCAGGACUACAUGCGAGGCUUGGUCGCCGGGGUCCGCGCACUUUUGGAACGAUCCGAGUGCCUGACGCGGGAUGCCACUCUUGUUCGGCAGCAUGAUGGUAUCCGACGAUCUCGCAAGAGCCUGCUCUCAGACCUAGCUUUGCUCGUGCGGACCGCCAAACAACUUCAACAGGUCGUCACCGUCUCGUCCUCGCACAAGGACUUGGACAUCAGACUCGAUGACAUGUUGCUAAAGGCCUUCCGCAUCGUCACUCGAGCAGUCUCCUUUUUCGACGUGUGGAGUGAACAGAUUGUUGCCAUCGUGUCGGCCCCAACUAGGUCAGAGGUCUCACGCGUUGAGCCCUCCGGACCGCCAACGUCCCCAAGGUCCCGAAGACCUCACUCAACCAUCCUGCUCCGGGACUCGAACCCCACCGCCUCCAUGUCUAGCGCGCCGUCAAGGCGAAGCAGUGCUGGUCCUGUGGCACACAACACUCCAGUUCGUCGGCGCUCGUCGACGACGCACCGAAUGUCUUAUACGCGCGCUACCAGCCAGAAGAACUCCAACCUCAUCUCGCAGUACUUGCACCAGUCCUAUGAUGAUUUUCUCACCGUGCUGGCCUCGUUCUUGGGCUCCCACAUGCAAUCGAGGUCUUCUUCCGAGCUUCUAAUGACCACCCAAAACGCUGUCCGCUCUUGUCGUCAGCUCUUCGCCAUUGUUGAGACGGUCAUCGAUCGAGAUUACAGCACCUCUCGCCCCUUGGUCCAGGCCAAAGAUGCCAUGUACUAUGCCAUUACCGAAUUAGUACAUGCCGCCAGACAGGUCUUCAAACCCAUUCAUUCCAUGGACGAUGAGCUAGUCUAUCUUCCAGAAGAGGCACAGAAUCUUGUUCGAGCUGCGACCGCGUGUGUAAGUGCUGCAGGGCGGUGCGUGGCUCGCACCAAAGCGACGCUGGAAGAGAUUGGUGACUUCGAAAUCGAGAAUAUUGCGCAGCUGGUCGGCAGGGGCUCUGACAGCUCCAGUACACUCGAAUCUACCAGCCAAGGGGUUCGUUCCAGUGUAAAUUUGAGGUCACCGACGCAGAGCGCGGCUAUUGAGGACUCUUCCCGCCGGCUGACGGAAAAUGUACCGGUCUCGGUUCCCAGACGCAUGAUUACUCCUCCUCUAUCUCGAAACACGGCCGAGGGCCCGUUGACUAGUUUUGCGACUGUUUCUCCUCCUCCCAGAGACGAUGUCAUUGUGGAUAUCAUUCGAUCCUCCCCUGUCCCACCACAAGCACCAUCUUUACAUCCGGAUUCUCGAAUACGUGCCCCUGGUAUCAAUCAGCCUCCCGUCGACAAGAGAAAGCGUACGUCGGCGGUCCUGCCCAUGGUUGGAAGCAAGGGUAGCGACAGCAGUCUAGAUACCACUCACAGGCGGUCGGACCCAAGCAAUCUGUCAACCGCCUCCACGCGAGUGACCUCGAUGUACGGCGGUGGCUCGGUCACAGGCCCUUUAUCGGCGCAAUUCCCGCCCGAUGAUCAUUCUUCACUCGGAGACGACGACGACGCGGAGGCAGAAAUCAUGGCAAACACCUUUGCCCAGGAGCUCAUCUUUAAUCCGGAGGGAGUCGUGGUCGGUGGAACCCUGAAUGCCUUGGUCGAACGCUUGACGGCACAUGAUUCGACCCCGGACGCGUCUUUUGUCAGCACCAUUUAUCUUACGUUUCGUCUUUUUGCUCGACCAGAAGAGUUUGCGUCUGCCCUUGCAGUCCGGUUUGAUUAUGUCGCGGAAAAUCCAAGGAUCACUAGCCCAGUCAGGCUCCGAGUGUACAACGUACUCAAGGGAUGGAUGGAGUCUCACUGGAGGCAUGACUGCGAUGAUACUGCUCUUCCCGUCAUUGUUGGGUUCGCCCGAGAGUCCAUGGUUCCUGUCCUUCCCAUGGCCGGGAAUAGAAUUUUAGAACUAGCUGACCAAGUCUCAUCUUCAAAUAAGCCCCUCGUUCCCAGGGUCGUUUCGGCCAUGGGGAAAACGACCACUUCUUCCGCGACCUACAUCGAUCCGAGUACACCAUUCCCAAAUCCUGUUAUGUCGAAGAGCCAACUGAGUGCUUUGAAGACGUGGAGAAUGGGUGGUGCGACUGUUAGCAUUCUUGACUUUGACCCUCUCGAGCUGGCCCGUCAGAUCACGCUAAAAACGUCCAAGAUCUUCUGUUCCAUCUUGCCAGAAGAACUUCUUGGGACCGAAUGGACGAAGCGCAGCAGCUCCCUCGCCGUCAAUGUCAGGGCCAUGUCGACACUCUCCACCGACAUCUCACUCUUGGUGUUCGAUUCGAUCCUGCAGCUUGAGGAGCCCAAAAGGAGGGCAGCAAUCGUGAAGCAGUGGGUCAAGAUUGCCAACAAAUGUUUGGAAUUGCGCAACUAUGAUACACUGAUGGCCAUAGUCUGUGCACUGGACUCAACCAACAUCAAGCGACUGCGGAAAACUUGGGAAGGGGUUCCGCAAAAGACAAAGUCCGUGUUCGACGAGCUUUGCAAGGUGAUAGACGUGUCCAAGAACUAUUCCACCCUACGUCAACGCGUCCAGUCCCAUCUCCCGCCGUGCCUGCCCUUCAUCGGCGUCUACUUAACCGAUCUCACCAUGGUUGAUACGGCAUAUCCAGGCACGCGGUCGUUGACGACGGAUCAGGGCAAAAUAACCGUCAUCAACCUAGAUAAACAUAUGAAUACGGCCAAGAUCAUCUCCGAUCUCCAACGGUUCCAAGUCCCCUACAGACUUGCUGAGAUCUCGGAGUUACAGACAUGGAUGCAAGAUCAAUUGGUUAGAGUUCGUUCGGCCGGUGAUAAAAGCUUCCAGAUGCAUUACCGAAGAUCUUUGAUUUUGGAGCCGAGAGAACCCAACAAAAGUCCCAACCCUGACAUGCCGCAAUCGGCCAAGGACAAGGAUAAAUUUGAUUUGUUCAAUUGGACACAUCUUUUGCAGAAAGAGAAACCCGUGCCGAUUCAGAGUUAA